UUCAGAGAGUCAACAUGGAGGUUUGUGCUCUUAACAUCAGGCUGUUGAUCUGUGUGUUAUUCCUGCUGGGUGCACAUGUUCAAGAUGUGGAUUCACUGAUUCUCCGUCUUGAACCAAACAGACUGCAGUUCUUUGAAUACGAGUCUCUGAUCUUCCAUUGUGAGGGCUCUCAUGACCCGACUGGAUUGAAAAUUGUACAUCGGUCCAAAGGGGAAUUACUCAAAUGUCAAACUACAGUGACAUCAAAAAGGUCAUCCUGCACUAUUCCUAAUAUUUUUCCAGAGGACAGUGGGCAAUACUGGUGUGAGUCCAGAGAUGGGAAGAGAAGCAACAUCAUCCACAUCAAUGUUACUGAUGGCCGCCGUAUCAGAAGAAGCUCUGCAGGAAACAUGAGCAUCCCCAGUGUUUCCAAAUGUGAUGAAGGAUUCUACAAGUGUAUCUCUGGAGGAAGAGAAUCAGCCGAGAGUCUGAUGGCUGUCCAAGAGUCACACCAAGAGAUUCAUGAGUCCUCAGAGCUUCCGUUCAUCAUCUUAAGAAAUGUUCUCCUUGUAGUAAUGAUUGCUUUGCUGCUGGUGCUGCUGGGACGGCUCCAUUGUGGGAAACUCCGAGGCAAACCCACAGGUAAACAACAGCACCUCCCAUGCACUCAAAUCGAGAUGGAGAUACUGAAAUAAAGGAUACGACGGGAUGAACGACAAAGACAGACAUUUUCUCGAAAGUCUUGUUUUGUUGCCAGAAAUGAAGAGCAUCCCAUAAUGCUUCAUUCAGCUGCUCAGCUGCUGUCUUCCAUGUGUUACAGUGCACCUUGUUCAUUACAUGUAAUGAUGAUCCACUUAUAUUCAGUGCAUGUUGUGCAAACCAAUGAAAACAUUUUUAUUCAGCUUAAAGAAUCCAAUCCAUAGAAAUGUUUUGAAAUGAGCAGAUCAAAGAAAAUGGCAGCACUUCCUGUUUGACAUGGUUCACAUAUUUAAAUCACUUGUUGGUGAAUGUUCAACAGAUGUUCGUUCUUCUUCUGUAUAAGGACCUGAAGAUAUCACAAGUCAAAUAACAUUGUGCACAGUUUGUUUCAGUGUCUUUCUAUAUUUAAUAUUCACAUCUGAGAGCACGUCUUCUCUAACCCUGACCCACGAGCCACAACUCAUCUCAGCGUUAUUUAGAGAGCACCUGUCAUACGUAAAGUCUGUGAGCCCAUAAUGUUUGUGUGAACACUGUCACUGUUACAAAAGGACCCGAGAUUAAAAUUGUCUAUAAAACCCACAUCAUGUGCUGCCCAAGCAAUCAGCAGGUGCAGCGCGGAGCUUCUCUUCCUGCUCAUAUCUACAUAAAAUAUCGACCUAUAAUACGAACAUUUGUGAUGGUAACAUGAACAUUUAAACUGUAAUAUUCCACUGAAUGUUUUUAUAUCAACAACAAUGCAAAAUAUGUCUGCCUCUCUGUAACAACAGCUCACAUUUUAUUAAAGAUGUGUGAUGGAA